CUUCUAUACUCUACCAAAAUCAAGAGCUUAAUGAAAUUGACUUUGGUGAGGGUUAUAUUGACUUGUAACAUUUGUCUGCCACAUGUAAUUAUUUAUACAUAGCAUAAGAUGCAGUUCUGAAGACAUUGGGACAUCUUGUGGAAUCGCUACAAGCAAACCAAUUCUCACCACUUUGUCAAGCAGGAGAGCGUGCUAGCUUGCAGUGAUCAAUCUCAUUGUAGAAGGAAGCUCUCACUGAUAGAAAGGGCUAGAGCAAUUAAAGGAUGAAGCUUUUUGAAUCAAAGGUUCCCUGGUUCUUUCUGGUUUUGUAUUGCGUCACAAUUUUGGGGGCAAAAGGCCAAAGUACACCUUGCACAAGCACUUUCUUCUCUGCCCUAGUGCAGCUCUUACCUUGCAGGACAGCAGUUGCUCCUUUCAGCCCCAUCCCACCUUCCGACGACUGCUGUAAUGCCGUCAUGGCAUUAGGUCAACCGUGUUUGUGUUUUCUUGUGAAUGGCCCUCCGAUAUCUGGUGUAGACCGGAACAUGGCUUUGCAGCUUCCAGAGAAGUGCGCUGCAAACUUCGAGCCAUGUGAUAUAAUGAAGUGAAGAGGCUAGAGACUAGAGCAGAUAUGCAUUUUUAGACUCAAGUAUUUUUAUUAGGCGCCACCUUUGUAGUGCUUCUCACAAUAAGGUUGCAUGGGAUUAUGUGAUGAAUGAAAAUUAGGUUGAGUUCAAUCCAUGUUGCUGUAUGGUUACGUAGAGCAUCAUGUGAAAACAUAAGUCCUUAUCCAUCAUGCAUGUUCUUUCACUAUGAUCUCUUACUCCACUAUGGCAGCCAUGUUCUGUCUCAUGGUUAUAGUAUGCCUUUUAAAUGUAAAAAAUUCAGACAAGAUUUGGUUAGUCUACGCUCUUUUUGUUCUUAAAUAAAUGUUGG